AUGGCUCCGCCUUCCCCGGAGGUUCGCUUUGAGCCUAAGUUCCCUGAUGCGUUUCUCGAAAUGUUCAGAGCAAAUGACGCCACUGUCAAGUUCCCAGUCGACCUUGUCAUUCACGAUAAAGAUUUCAUUGCCGAUGAGGACGAAGAUGAGGAUGAUGACGAUGACGAGCAUCAUCUGGAAGCGAUAGGUGCCUUCUACCCAAUCUAA